AUGAAAACCCUUUUCAUAUUGCUUGUCGCCUCCGUGGCCUUGCCUCUUAUCAUCGCAGCUAAAGACGAAUCAGAUAGUAAAGCAGAAACUAACAAGAGACAAUUUAAUCCUUUCUUUAAAAAGGAAGCUGAAGUAGUUAUUACUAAUUCAUCCGUGAAAUUAGAUGCCUCAAAAGCCGUAAAGGUUGCUAGAUCCGAAGACAACCUACAAAAAAAAGAUGAUCAGUUUUUCAACCCUGGUAAACGCGAUGAUCAGUUUUUCAACCCUGAUAAACGCGAUGAUCAGUUUUUCAAUCCUGGUAAACGCGAUGAUCAGUUUUUUAAUCCUGGUAAACGCGAUGAUCAGUUUUUUAAUCCUGGUAAACGCGAUGAUCAAUUUUUUAAUCCUGGUAAACGCGAUGAUCAGUUUUUUAAUCCUGGUAAACGCGAUGGUCAAUUUUUCAAUCCUGGUAAACGCGAUGGUCAAUUUUUCAAUCCUGGUAAACGCGAUGGUCAAUUUUUCAAUCCUGGUAAACGCGGUAAGAAAAAGUUAUAUAAUGCUUUCUCAAUAAUAAUACAUUUAUCGUUAAAUACUUUCAUUCCUUCGUUAAAAAAGUAUAUGCUUUACUUUUACAAUCUAGAUGGUCAGUUUUUCAAUCCUGGUAAACGCGACGAUCAGUUUUUCAAUCCUGGUAGACGCGAUGACCAGUUUUUCCAUUCCCGCAAAUACGAUGGUCAAUUUUUCAAUCCUGGCAAGCGCGAAGGACAGUUUUUCGAUAAAGGCAAACGCGAUGAUCAGUUCUUCAAUCCUGGCAAGCGUGAUGGUCAAUUUUUUAACCCAGGCAAACGUGACGCCCAAUUUUUCAAUCCAGGCCGUAGAUACGACACACAAUUUUUCAGUCCUGACCGAAGACGAGAUACCCAAUUUUUUGGUCAGAGAAGCGGAAAAGACGAACAAUUCUUUGGCAGUAGAGGAGAUGCACAGUUUUUUGGAAGCAGAAGAGAUGGACAGUUUUUUAACCCCGGCAAACGUGAUGCUCAAUUCUUUGGGAGUAGAGACGACGGUCAAUUUUUUGGCUCCAAAAAAGAUGAUCAGUUCUUUGGACACAAGAAGGAAGAUGAUCAAUUCUUCGGGAACAAGAAAGAUGAUGCUCAAUUUUUCCGUAACAAUGCAGAAGAAACUCCGUCAUAUUAUUCAAUUCCAAGAGCAGAAUUCAUGCAUGAAAAUAGUGGUACUACUAACAACGAUGGUAACAACUGCACCUGUGAUGGUUCUGCACCCGUAAAUCCAUUUUUCAUGUACUAAGAAUCACGUCAUCAGAUGCGCUCUCCAAAUUCCUUUCUGUUGAUUAUAAUUAUCCGAGAAAGUUUAUAUCAUCUAUAUGAUCAUUUUAAUUUCAAAUGAAUACCAAUACCUACCAAUACAACACAGUAGUACAGUAAUACUAAACAAG